UUACUGAGCAUAUGAUUUUCAUUAUCGUGCGUAUUUACUAUUUAUUUUUUAAGUCGAAGACUGUAUUGAACUCUCUUGUAGAUGUCUCGUUAGGUACUCGUGAACGUGGGUAAUUCUUAUUACGUAUUAAAUAUGUUUCUUCUCCUAAAAACUGACUGUCUAAUUCCGACUAUUUUGUUAGUACAAAAAUAAAAUUUUUUUCUUCAGUUUAGAAUAAUCUAUUCAACUUAAAAAAAAAUCGCCCCGUUCACGUGUAUUUAAGACGAGAACAAAAAAUAUAAGAAUAUAUAUCAUUUAAAGUUCUUUAACAAAUAUUUAAAAUAGUUUAAUCUCUUCAACUUCUUUUAGUUCUCAUCAGAAAAAAAAAUUUAAAUGGCUGCCGAUACUCUGCGUGUUUUAAGAAAAAGACCAUUAGAAGAAUAUGAUGACGAAUACAAACCUUUGUCCAAACGAAUGCACAGUAUGUACUUGAAAGAUGGUCCACUUGCCACUGAAAACCAUUUGGCAAUCACAAACGCCUACGGUAAUGCAUCUACAUCAACACAAUAUAGCCAGCAAACGGCCACUGAUUAUAGUCAUCCUGAUGUAAAUCAUCAACAAAACAGAGUCGACGACCCACAAGAUUUACAAUAUGAUCCAGAUCUGACUUCAGAUCAAAAUCCUUAUUAUUAUGAAAGCAACAGAUUAUUAUUUGACCUUCAUGUUGAAAGGGUUCAUCGUCAUGGUCAAUAAUAAUUUAAAUUUAAAUAAUUCGUAAUAAAUAUUUGUUAUUCCCUAAAAUUAAAAUAUUUACCAACUAUAGUCUCUCAUGGUAUAACAUCAUAUUAUAAUAAUAUGUCAACUUAGUUUGACUAUAUUAUAACUUUAACUUAGUGUUCAUCUAUUUAUGUUAAUCUUUUAACUAGUAAUGAACAUAUAUUUAUAAGAAUUUGUUGACAUCAUGUUUCCUAUUUUAGCCAUUUGUAGGCAUAAAAAUAAACAUUUUAGCUUUAAGUAACCAGAUGGAUUAUUUUGUUAAGAAUAUAAAUUAAAUUUCUAAUAAUGAAAUAAAUUUUUAGAUAUUUAAUUAAAUCUAAUUACAGUAAUUUACUUAGUAAACUAAGUUAACUACAUUUUAUUUGUUUAUUUUAAAUUUUAAUUUAUUCCCAGGGGCCAAUUCAAA